AGUGAGAAGAGAGGCAGAAAGAGAGAGAGAGAGAGAACGUGCUAGAGAAAGAGAUAGAGAGAAAGAGCAACGAAGAGGCCACCGGCCGACUUCGGGGCAGGACAAGACGACCCGAUGUUGGGAGCGGGUCGCGACCCCGUGUCGACCCGCGGUCGUCCUCGUCCUCGCGCGUCGUCGUGCAUCGUAGGAGCGACAACAGCAGCGACAGUAGCAGCCACAGUAGCAACGGCAGGACGCUCCUCGCGUAAAUGUGCCCCCGUGCGCGCCCAUGUGCACCUCCUUCUGCUUCUCUGCCCGCUGCCCCUGCGUGCCCUGUAAACCCAGAGCACACCCCGACUAGCACGCCCGCCGCGCGCACUCGUUACCCGCGAACAUGGCCAAGAUCCUCAACAAGGACCCCGUCACCUACGAGAGGGAGAGGGAGAACUUCCUGAAGGACCUCCGACACUUCCACGAGACCCGAGGGACUCUCUUCAAGAAGUCUCCGAGGAUCAACGGGAAGGAUAUAGAUCUGUAUCUGCUGUACGUGGUCGUCACCGCGCACGGGGGAUGGAUUAAGGUCAACACCAGGAAUGAGUGGGCGUCGUUGUGCGAACAAUUCCAUCUUCCCAACGGUUGUAUCAACAGCGGGGUCGGCCUCAAGCAGAUUUAUCUCCGGUAUCUUGACAGGUACGAGAAAGUUCACUUCUUAGGCGAAGAUGGUCAACAGGCUGACGACGACGACGAGGACUCCAGACAUCGGAAAUGGUCCGCCAGGGCGUUGCACUCCGUUCCUCUUACUUACAACCACCAUCAACACAACAUCGCAGAGUCCCUGCGCGAUUACAACGGACUCUCGGCGGACCUUUACAAGCCCUCCAAUUACGACAAGCUCGCACUGUCGCUCCUCUCGCCGCUGCCCAACGAGCAGGACUUCGCCAUCAACGUCUGCACACUUCUGUCGAACGAGGGCAAGCACACUCUGCGGCUCGACAAGUACCCCCGGCUGGUGAACAUCCUCCUAGCGCACGCCGGCGUAUUCGACUCGCCCGGCACGCGGCAGCUUUUCAUCGAAGUGUAUUCGCGCGUCCGCAACUACUCGAUCAACUCCUUCUGGUCGGACGUGCUGGACUCCCAGGACGUGAUAGAUCUUACGAACGAGAGGGCCUUUAUGAAGAAGCCGCCUAGCAGCUUGCCGACGUUUUCCAGACGGAAGACGCUCGAGAAGGAGAAGCAGGGUAAAAGUAACGCCGGCUCCACGUCGACGACCGAGAACGAGGAGCCGACGACGACGACGACGCCGACGCCGAUACCGACACCAAUUGACGUCGAUGGGGUUCUCCCGGAGUGCCCGCGACUGGAUCCGUUGGUGUCGUCACAUUCGGACGAGAGUCUGAAGGAUCAGAACCAAAAUUCCAUUAAGUUCGAGGAAGAAGACAAGGAUCUGUUCUGCGUCGGUCGGACGUUAGGCACGCAGGAUCCGUACGGGCAGCGCGUGCUGCAGAUCGCGUCGAUUCUGCGGAACCUCAGCUUCACGCCGGAGAACGCCACGGUGUUGGGCAGGAACCGGUGUUUCUUGAGAUUCGUGCUACUGUGCGUGAGGGCGAGAUGGAGCAAUCUGCACCAACUCGGCUUCGAUAUACUAGGGAACAUAGCGAAUGAAAUUAUUCUAAAGGAGGCCGGCGAGAGGAUAACGGACGUCGUGUUGUCGUGCGUGGCUCGGGGAAUCGAGUCCCAGGACAGGUUUAUCGUUAUAUCCUGCUUGGAGGUGCUUAACAAAAUCAGCCAGCAGGACAGUAACGAAGAGAUCGUCACGUUCGGUCUGGCGGACGGUGUAUAUGAACUUAUAUGCAGAUUUCUAGCCCUGAGUGACAUAGCUCUCCUAGUGUAUACGUUGGAAUGUUUGUACGCGUUAACCUCGCUGGGUGAGAGACCGUGUACGAGCGUGGCGCGAGUGCGCGGUGCCAUCGACACGCUGGUCGCCCUCGUCACCGUGGAGGCGCAGAGUUACGGCCCGAAGGCGUGCAUCCUAAUGAGAGUGGUCGAAACGGUGUCGACGGUGGCAGUGCAGCAGCAGAACACCGCGCAGAACAACGCACCCGCCACUUCGGCCGCGCCUACUACGACAGUAGUGUCCACGUCCGCUCCGUCUACCUCGGUCACGAUCACCACGACGCCAGCACCCGUCAGUCCGGCGCCUUCCCGACCUGCGACUCCGGCUACGACCUCGACCAAGUCGACAACGCACAAAGCAGUAGAGACGGCCAAUGCGAUUCAGCAGCAGAACGCGCAUCAGCAGAUCAUCCAGGAGAACGAGCAGUUUGCUUUGGGCUGGGUGAGGGCCACGUUCGAGCUCGCGCCGGGCGUACGCAUCGAGCAGGAGGAGCUGUACAAAAAGUAUCUCGGCUGCUGCACGAAAAUCGGCAGGCGAGGCGUGAUAGCGCCGCUGCACUUUCCGAGAUGCGUCAGAUCCGUUUUCGGCAAUAUCGUGGGGCCGAAUCCGUUGAAGGGCGAGAACACCGGUACCCAGUAUUACGAAGGCAUCCGAGUACGGUCGACGCCCGCACCGAUCACUUAUCCGAGCCAAACUGCUGUGGUAGCUACUAAUACGGUCCCGAUUCAGGCGAUCAACGCUACUCCAGUAAAGGUGCUUCCCGUUCAACAGCGUACAGUCAAGAAUAUAAGCCCCGCACCCGAUAGCACGGCCUCAGCCGAUAAUCCCGCGUCCGGAACACAAACGACCCCCCUAACCCCCGCGUCUCCGAUCCUCAAGGCCCAGUUGUCCGCCCCGCCGAAGCCCCCGUCCAACACCCAGAGUCAGUCCCAAAAUCCAGUGACCAAGGUUGAUUCUAAAAGUCAGGUGUCAGUGUCGCAUCCGCACCUGAGCCAAGCGUUGCUAGCCAGCGGCUCCCAAAUGCCGCACCAGCAGCAGCCGCAGCAGCAGUCGCAAUGUGUCCAGGUAGUUGCUAAGGAAGAUAAUCGAAGUGGCACUACGUCGAGUUCCAUUAUAAAGAGCCUAUUGGCUACUAAGGUAACAGUCAGCAGCGACUGCAUGCCCAGUGCUGCCGCGACUUGUGUGUCUACCCCUACUGCCUGCGUAACAAACACUACUGCUAGCAUCGCAUCCAGCAUCAGUGCCAACCAGCUAAUAACCAGCAACCAGGUCGCCCAACGACAGCAACAGCAGAGGUUACUGCAGCAGCAGAUGACGGGUGUGUUGCAGCCCGCAGCGCCCGCAGCCACGCCAGCCACAAUACUCCCAAAGACUCCCGUGAACGCCAAGCAGAAACCGGCAAUCGCACCAAUUCCUGCCAAAAAGAUACAGAGGCUCAACGGAGCCAAGUUCGUCGUGACUAAUAACUGCGAGAAGACUGAAGUAAACGAUAGCGACAAUGCCAAUCAAAUCGUCACGUCCACCACCACCACGGUGGUGCUGAACUCGACUGAGAACCACAUAUCCUCGUCACCGGCGAAGGUCUGCCGGCCGCCACCCCUGACCGCGACGAGCGUAGUCAUCAGCGGCGCCGCCGCCGCGGUCGCCAACAAGACGAAUCAGCGCACCACGUGUACUUCCAUAGCCGAGGACUCGGACUCCACCAACAACUCGCUGGCGUCGAGCAGCGGGAUCGGCGGCAGCCGAGACUGCUCCGGGGUCGGCGUCGAGGAGGAGAACUCUCUGACGAGUUUCGAGGGUAUCCUGUUGAACGGCGCGCCGAGCAACAUGGACAUCGACACGCAGGAGGACGGCUCGUCCAAGGACUCGUCCAGCGUGAGCUCAAAGCCGCUGCAGAGCAUGAUGCUGGCGGACCUGCUGGAGAGGAAGGUCGACAAGGAGCCGAUACUGAACGGCGUGCUCGGCAAGAACUCGAUCAACGAGAAGGAGAUGGAUCUGGUGGAGAAUCACAUAAAGAAAGUAUUAAAGGAAUCUCCGACGGAGCUGAAGAUUAAGUCGGACGUGGAGGGCGGCAACGUGAUACAGAACGAGGUGUCGGAGGACACGCUGAUAGAGGCGCCGCGGGGGAUCAAGAGGUCGGCCAGCGACUCGGACGAGCUGGAGAUCAAGAAGCCCAAGUAUUCCAACGGCACGAUGUCGCCCGAUCCGGCGGUCGACUCCACCACGGCGGAGUCGACGGUGUCGAGCAUCAAGUCCGAGGACGACGACAAGGACAGCGAGAAGGCGACCGUCUCGUCCACCGCGGCGAAUCUCUACGCCGCACUGGCGGCGGACUGCAUAGAGGACGAGACGGACCUUGAAGAGCAGCCAAACGUCACGAAGGACACCGUGAAGGAAGAGGCUGCUCCGCCUCCGCCUCCGCCUGUGCCGCUUCACGUGAAGCCGGAGGUGGUGACGCCGGUGAUGGUGAAGGAGGAUCCACCGUUGCACAUGAAGGAGGACCCGCCGGCUCACAUAUUCAUCAAUCAGAUCACCCAGGCGUCGCAGUCGCCGGCGCCUCAGCCGCCGCCACAGCAGCAGCAGCUCAUAGUGGCGACGUCCAGGCAGAUAGUCGUUCAGCCGGCCAUCCAGUCGAACAAUCAGGUGAUCAUCCCGACCACGGCGGUGAAGGGCAGACCGUCGCCGCCGCAGCCGCAAGUGUUGCUGCAGCAGAGCGCGGGCGGUCAGCUGCAGUACGUCGUGUCCGGUGCCAUGCCCGGGCAGAACUACGUGUUGGCGCAGCCGCAAACGGCUCUGGUGCAAGGGCAAGGUCAGACAGUGCUGCUGGCGCAAACCACGCCGCAGCAGGGCACCGGCACCAAGACGAUCAUCAUACUGCAGUCGCAGACCGCGCCGCAGUCGGCCCCGCAGAAGAUGGUGGCGGUUACGCCGCAGGGCCAGCCGCUGGUGGUGGCGCAGGUGCAACGGCCGAUCCUCCAGAGCCCGGCGCUCAGCAACAUACCGCCGCCUCUCGUGCCCACCUCGGCGACGAUCCCUCAGACUUCCAUCAUAGUAAACAGCUCGGUGGUGUCGCAGACGAACCCGAACACGGUGACUGUGACGAUCCCGGCGAUGACCCAGCAACAAACCCCGGUCUCCACCAAUCUGCCGUCCAGGGUGGUCACGCCUACCCCGCCGUCGACGCCGCCACCUACGAGGCCGGCGACGCCCCACCAGACGAUCGCCACUCACGGCGUGGUCACCGUCAAGUCGCCGCUCGCGAAGGUCGUCAAGACGGUCAGCUCGUCGACCUCCACCGAGCCGGAGUCGAAGCCCUCCACGAGCCAGCAACCGACGUCGCAGGUGACGGAGAGCAAAACCAUCACGAUCAAAAUCGACCCCAACGCCUACCUGUGCGAGUGGCGAGGCUGCCUUCGGCAAUUCAAAACACCGCACGAGGUCUAUCUUCACGUGUGCGAGAGCCACUGUCCGACCGGAAGCGAGGAGAUAUUGUGCCUAUGGGCGAGCUGCGACGCACUCAAGAGACGCAGGUUCUCGUUGAUGACGCACCUGUACGAUAGACACUGCAACGCAGACACGAUGUCGCUGAGGAGGAAACAGUUGACUAUGACGGGCAAGACCGAGGUCUCCACGUCUACACCCCCGACUCCGCAUCAUCCUGGAUACGCACCCAACGCCGCAUUCCACGCGAUCAAACGGCACGCCCUGGAGUUCGUGAACCCCAAGGAGCUAAUGAGACGGAGUGACGCAGCGAGCAACGAGCAUGUGACACAGGGCUGCGCGCCGAAAAGAACCGCCUCUCGCUAUCAGUUGAUACCCAUCGUUGCUAGAAGAUCUUCAGACCAGCAAAGGCCGACCAAGCCCGCUGCAGCCACCUCAAGCACUUCUUCCCCCAGACCUGGGCAAAAUCCUCCGCCAGAACAGGAUGACAACGAAGGUCCGGUGACCAAAAGUAUUCGCCUAACGGCAGCUCUCAUUCUUAGAAACCUAGUCAUAUACUCAACACACGGUAGAAGGCACCUCAGAGCAUACGAGCCCCACUUGGCAGGCGUGGCGUUAAGUAACGUCGAAUCAUCGAGAACGAUCGCACAAGUACUGUACGACAUGAAUGACCAGAGUAGCAGUAGCCAUAGGUGACCUCUUGAAUCAGGCCUCUAAAAAGUUCUAUUAACGUUGCGAGCAGCGAUCAACUUGCAUUAUUUCGAGUCACACACGGCGUGCGGGAGUGCGACGAUGCAUCGGCGGGGGUGGGUAACGGGUGUUCUCGCGAAAUCACUCACUGAUGUUGGUUGGUGCAUGGGUGGGUGGGUGUGUGGGACGAAGGGAGGGAGGGAGAAAGAGGAGGAGGAGGAGAUGGUGAUGAGUGCGUACGUCUAUUACGCGUGUGUGUAUGUGUGUGUGUGUAUGUGUGGUAUGCCCACAUUACGGAUCGAAGGCUAUAGGACUGCGGAAGGAGCAGGACAGCACUGGAGAUAAAUGUUCCAUAUAUAGAAAAAAAGAGGCCUAUAAACUUACUAGGCAAAUCGUUUUGCCAAUUUAGACUAAAAUAUGAACUGUAACUAGUGACACGAAACAAAGACAGUAGCUGAAAUGAUAACGUGGCAAGGUGAUAAUGCGUUUGCGAGUUAGCGAGAACGAGCGAGAGAAAAAUAAGAGAGUUAGAGAGCGAGUGAGAAAUAGCGAGAGCGUGUGGGAUUGUGUGUGUGUAUGCGUACGUGCGCGU